GGCCCGCAAUGGGGCGUGAGCGCCGCAGCGCAUGCCGGGAUCGCCGCCCCUUAGGCGGGGCCUAACUCGAGCUCAGAGCGCGGGACGGAGGAAAGUUGUCGGCGCUCUGGAAGUCGAGCGAAGUGCGGCGGCUUUGAGGAGUGCAAAAAUAAAACGCCUUCGAUAUUGCAAGUAGAUCAGAGGGAAGUGAGAAAGCUUCUAAAGAUGAAGGCGUUUCAGACCAUCUGCAGGCAGCUCAGAAGCUCAAGGUGGUUUUCUCUAGAACCAACCGCCCAUGUGGAUUUCUCCACUUCUUCUUGCGCGUGUAGCCGAAAGAAAAAGGUGAGCCCUUAUGAGGAAGUGGACCAAGGAAAGUACUCCGAUUUAGUACAGUCUGUCUUGUCGUCCAGAGGCCUUGCUCAGACUCCAGAAUCCUUGUUUGAGGAAGAUGAUUUACUGUAUGGCCCUGUGAGUAAGUGUAAGCCCCCAAAGCAAGAUGAGAAAGCAAGAGUUCCAGGAAACUGGUGUCCUCUCUUCAACCCAGAGAGAAUAAAGCUAAAUGCAACAAGUACUCCUACAAUUCCUUUGAAAAUCCCUCUGCAAAGAAAUAAGAUACCAAGUGUAACCAAGAUCCUUCAGCAGACCAUGACAUCGGAACAGAUUUUCUACUUGGAGAGGUGGAAAAAGCGGAUGAUUCUGGAACUGGGAGAAGAUGGCUUUGAAGAAUAUUCCUCAAACAUAUUUUUACAAGGGAAACGGUUCCAUAAAGCCUUGGAAAGCAUACUUUCACCCCAAGGGGACUUGAAAGAGAGAGAUGAGAAUCUUGAAUGUGGAUAUGUUGAAAGUGUUCAGCAUAUUCUGAAAGAUGUCAGUGGAGUGCGAGCUCUGGAAAGUGCUGUUCAACAUGAGACCUUAAAAUAUGUGGGUCUACUGGACUGUGUGGCUGAGUAUCAGGGCAAGCUGUGUGUGAUUGAUUGGAAGACAUCGGAGAAACCGAAACCUUAUAUUCGAAAUACAUUUGACAACCCACUGCAGGUUGUAGCCUAUAUUGGUGCCAUAAAUAAUGAUGCCAACUACAGCUUUCAGGUUCAGUGUGGCUUAAUUGUGGUGGCCUACAAAGAUGGAUCUCCUGCCCACCCACAUUUCAUGGACACUGAGCUCUGUUCCCAGUACUGGGCCAAGUGGCUUCUUCGACUAGAGGAAUAUACACAGAACGAAAAGAACCAGAAUAUUCAGAAACCAGAUCAGGGGACAGAGUGAUGUUUGGGAAGCUCUAUUGCUGUUUACUAUAGAGAUGCCACAGGAUCUGAGAGCUACAAGUGGAAGUAUUUGUUGAAAUGUAUUACAACUAAAAAGUUCGAAAGCCAGAAAAGUUUAGAUCUUAAGGAUUGGACUUGGGCACAGGAAAGAAGCACAAGUAGGCAACGUCUAUCAUUUACCUGGAAAAGGGCAAGCAGGCACUGGUGGCUCUGGGACUCCCCCUUAGAAGUUUCUGUAUCCCAAGCAGGAUGCUCAGUCCUUGAAUUGAGAUUGGAGGGUGGGAGGUUUGGCAUGCAAGGAGUUCCCCAGGGCACCCCAGGAGGGAAGGGUCUGCACACCCCCAGGCUAUGUAUAGAGGGAGAACAUAGGCCAACUCCUUCUGUCAAUGUGGUUUCCUAAAACUAGUUUUAUUAUGUUGAAGUUUUCUAUAUAUUUGGGGAAGGGGGAAAUUUUCAUUUAACAUUUUUGAAAAAAUUCAUUUUUUUCAUAUUUAAUGUGAUUCUUUAGCCUUAAGUAAACAUUGUUCUCUGGAAAAAUGGAGCAUUUUCACGUGGUUGACAAUCCCCUUAGCAUAUCAGUAAAUAACCCCCAAGAGUAGCCAGACCCCAGUCUUGAGAUUCAUAAUUAUGGAUAUUUUAGUAGCUCUAUUCUGGUUUGAGUCCAUGAGCCAUGUACAUAAAGUAAAAGUAUCAUUUGUGAGAUUCUUCAGCUAGGGGGAGCAAUAAUUUUUUGUGUUUUUGGUAAGUAAUAAAAAGUAUUAGUUGUCACUGAGAUGCCCACAAUAAAUCCCCACUAUAGCUUUGGGGAAAGACUCCCUGUUUUAUGGAAUGGGAUAGCAUUUAAGUUACAGUGUGGUCUUAGAAUACUAGGGUGCUACAAUUAAUUUUUUCUUUAAUUAGCUAUUAUAAGAAAUAAAAUACAAGAUGUGAGUA